AUGUUGGGUCUAAAUGGAAAUCUACUUUUCGAUCAGGAAGGUGAUAACAGUUUAUUGAUUGAAAUGAUCGCUGGUGGAUAUUUCUUUGUCAAGGCAGGCCCUAAGUCAGAAUGCUUUUUCAAAGAGCUUUCAAGACAACUGGAGAAUUACUAUGCCACAGACAAUAAUAUCAUGGGAGCAUUAUGUGUCACAAAAUAUUGUGGUAAUAAAUGCGCAUUCAUACCUUACAGUUUAAUCAGUAACUGGCGAUGGUACUGGAGUGAAAGAACAUAUAUUCCAGCACUGCUGCAAUUUGAUAAUGGGUUAAGUUCGAGUCGAAAAUUUGAUAAUAUGAAAAAGCUUGGCGCAGAAUUUGUGAAUAUCACCAAAAUUAAGAAUCAUUAUCAAGCUAAAUGUUUAAUUCGCAAGACAAUAACACCGGAAGAAGCCAUUCCUGAAUGGCUAGUCCUUUUUUCUUGUGUUUAA